AUGCUUGGCUCUACAACAAGCAGUAAGCGUGGUGGGUCAGGGUUGUCGCUUACGUCUCCGUCCCAAUCUCAGCGUGAAACUGGCGGUCGUGGGGGCGGCUCUGAACUAGACGAGGCCCAAAUUGAAGACGAAAAUGCUGCACGCGUGCUGAAGGAGAUUGAUCAGCUUGCAAGCGAUCGUGUUUUUUCAAGUUCUGUGUCACUGAGUGACCAAGCUCUUCAGGAGUUUGUCGUACAACUUACUGUUGUGUCGCUGUCAGAGUGUUCAGGCGUCGGACCGUCUGGUGCUAUAGGUGGUUCUCUUCCUCGUGUGUUCAGCUUGCAGAAGCUUGUCGAAGUAGCUGAUAUGAAUAUGCGAACUCGUUCCCGUAUGGUGUGGGCAGCAACGUGGCAGACUUUGUCGAGACACUUCACCACUGUUGGAUGCCACGAGGACUUGACCGUUGGCAUGUACGCUAUCGAUUCGCUGCGUCAGCUUAGUGUAAAAUUUCUCGAGCGAGCAGAGCUUCGCGAUUUUAACUUCCAGCGGCUGUUUUUGGCGCCUUUCGAAGUAAUCAUGGCAAAUGCCACAUCUCUCGAAACCCGUGAACUGGUUUUGCGCUGUGUUGAAAACCUGGUGCUCGCUCGAGUGGAUAACAUCCGUUCUGGAUGGAAAACAAUUUGGGGUGUGCUGCGUAUAGCUGCCGAGACGUAUGCGCCUGGCAGCGAAAAUCGAGUGGUGUUGCUAGGAUUUCAGAUCGCGCGUGGCGUGUUGGAGCGUCACUUUGACUGCAUCGUCGAUGUAUUCGUCGACGCUGUCGAGUGUCUACUGGCUUUUGCAGUAUGCGGUUGUGAGGAGGUCGAGCAUCAAAUGGAGGAGCAAAUAUCACUCACGCAGUUAGGAAUUGACAGCAUUGGCCUUCUACGUAGCGUCUGCAUUGAAAAGCUGGCGACUGGAGAGGUGAUUGAGCCGCUUGCUGCUCGUGAAACUGCACGAUCCUUUUUAGCUGCUUCAGCUUCUGCAGCCAAGCAGACAAUUCGUGUCGGUGCGGCACCAGAAGCAGAAUCUAUGCGCUCACUAGAGAGAGAGAUGGCUAAGCUGUCAUCACCCAAGGUAUCAACAUCUGCUGCUGCUUCAUUACCGACAUAUCAAGGCGCUGAUGCUGUGGCAGCCGAGGAGCCGGAGUAUCUUGUGAGCAGCGAGACGGUUUACAACGACUCAGCUGCACAUAUGCGGGUGUGGUGGCCUGUGCUCUCAGCUCUAUAUACGCUUGCUGCUGACCGUCGUCUGGACGUGCGUCUUGCAGCACAGGAAGCGCUCUUCGACGCGUUAGAGACUCAUGGCACGAAGUUUUUGUCUAGUCUGUGGAUGGUGAUUUUUAAAGAUGUCCUUAUUCCUCUGCUGGACGAGCUGCGCCACCUUGAGGUUGUUGUGAACAAGGGUGCACAUAUGUCGCCCAAGCUGACGUUGCCACCGACGCUUAAUUUGUCUAGCCGCAUGCCUCACUACUCUGCUGGAAAAACCACUGCAACGCUGUGCCUCGAGCGGCUGCUAGAGUGCUUCGGGCUUUUCUACGAUAUUGUGGGAUUCUUACCGGACGUUCUCUUUCUGUUGGGCAAGUGCAUGGAUGCUGAUGCUGACGAACAGCUUGCAGCAGCGUCGCCACGUGCGCUUGAAGUCAUGUUGGUCACAUAUGGACACAAGAUUUCCGAGGGUGUCUGGGGUCUCAUCAUUGAUGAACUGCGCAAUGUUAUGAAGCGUGCUGAGCCAACGUGGAUAUUUUUUGCCUUGCCUCGCGAGAAUGUCACUGAACCUCACAUUGAUUCUGUUGACCAGAGCCCUCCAAAACUGAACGCGGUGCCAGCAUCUGAUCUCAUGUCACCUCAGCAACCUUCGCUUUUGGGUAUGUAUCCUGGAGUAGUGGCGAUUUUGGGCUUUACAUUCGUUGCAAGCUUUCCACCAAAGGUACCCGCCGAAUACCGUUACGCACACAUUUAG